ACAGCUCGAUGCAGAUAGGUGAGAGAAGAAGGGUGAAGUCAGAGUGAGAGAGGAGAAGUCACGGGACGCAGCAUGGUGAGGUGUUGGAAACGUUCAGAAACCACCGGGUUGGAGGACUCACAAUGCAUGGUAGGAGUGGGACAUAUCUGUACCUCGCUCAGUGGUGGUUUAAAUGAUCUGUGGAAAAAUUCUUUAUUAGCCUCAUUGAGUUUGUUGCUCUUGGAAAAGUUAUUUUCAUACAGGUAGAAAGACUAAGUUGUGGUAAUGUUAUUUGUGCUAUACUCAUAGAGCAGGGUUCCACAACUGGUGGUUUUAUUUGGCCCCCCAAGUUUUCUGAGCAAAGAAUACCAGGAAAUCAGCUACAAGUGAUUUUAAUUUUGGAAAUCUGUACCCAAGUAUUCCCACGCAUAAUAGAGAGAGAGAGACAUGAUCGUAUACAAAUGUAAGCAAGGUUUGAAAUGAUUAUGUUUUAGUCAAAUAUUAUAUCUGUUUGGGCUUGCAGUCAAUUUGCAGUCUACAAAUUAUUUGUCAUUAUGUUCCGGCACCCUGACCAUCCGCUCAAGAAAAAAACCCGUCCUCGUCUGCAUCUAGUUGUUGAUCCCUGUCAUAGAGUAUAGUGUGUCAUUCUAUUUCAGUUGUAGCAAACUUGUUGUUGAAGUCAACAAUAUUGUUGUUGAAUCCAGACAAGAAUGGCUAUGUAGAUUGUGAUAAGCUGUCGGUGUGUAUGGUCUCCUCAGGACGAGGGUCCAACAGUGUCCUGCCAGUUCCCACACAAGUCAUUCUGGGUGAUCCUCAGUGCCACUCUCCUCCUGGUCAUCAUCGCCCUUGGCGUCAUGGGGCAUCUAUGGGUCAAACAGCCCGACGCACAGGUUGGAGACACAACUCACACCUGAUUCACCUGUCGGAACACGUUGCUUUGUAUUUGGCAUUAAAACUGUGAGGUGUUGUAACCCAAUCUAACAUAGACGCACACAUGACUGUAGUUGAUGUACAAAUUAUUCGCUCACACUUGUACAAUCACAAUGUUGAUGGUGAGUUUACAUUGAGUAAACUUACAGUAUCCCUCUAUCUGUGGUCUUUACAGGUUGUCAGAAUCACAGUUCAGGAUCUGACUGGAACCCUGAUCAACCAAUCAGCAUUGGUGGACAAGCACAACGACCUUGUGACCUAUUCUGUGACCUCACAGGCCAACCACACAUCCACUGUGCUCUUUGACAUCAAACAUGUAAGAAGCAGACCUUUAUUUGUGUGUUUAAAGUAUAUUGAACUGAGGCAAGCUGCAGUGAACCUUUCUAAUUGUAUGGCUGUUUCCUUAUUCAACAUUGUUGUCUAGAAAGUUUCCCAUGCUCGAACUGAGCUUCAUGGAUGCUGAACUGACAUUGUCUUAUGUUUGUUUGUGCAGGGUUUGAUAUGUUACAAACAUAUUAACCAGGAGACUUGCUACCUGCGUAAGAUGGAGAGAUCUGAUUAUGAAAACGUGCAGUCCCUUCUCCAGCAAUCAAUGGAAAAGGUAAAGAUGUUUCACCUUUUCAACUUAUAACAGCAUAUGAAACAUACUAUUUUGGAAUUCACUUCAUAUGAGUCUGUUACCAUGCAGUAGAAAUAUGUCACAUAGGGACUUAUUGGCAUGGCAACAACUAAAGAGUAUUCAGAAACACCCUACUGUGUCAGCCGGCUCUCAGUUGAGGGUGCCCUGUUACCUUACACUGUUGCUACUGUGUGAAUUGGCAGUGGGGGUGGAUAAUUGUAAGUGACUCAUAGCUUAGUGCCAUCUCUGUCUCACUCCAUGACCAGCCAGUAUCAAUUGGAUUUAGGGGUGUUGAUUUGAGCAUCCCUCUCCUCUCCCAGUCCAGAGAAUGAGAGUGGGGUAAUAGACCGAACAAGGCCUUAAAUACUUAUAGUGUAGUGAGUCUCUCUAGGACUGAAUUCCUCAGGGCAUCUGAUCCUCCUAGACCCCUCUCUCCCCUGGAUCCCCUUACAGGUUGGGACAGCAGUGAGACUCAGACCUGCACAAUGGCCACUCUGUCUGGGGAUACUGGGUUUGUUAAGGCUUCGCUGGGCUGGAGAAAGAGGCGAGACUAUGGUUGGUUAGUGAGGGAAGGGCCAGUCCGACAGUCGACAUCUUUAAUGAGGUGUGCUUUUUGGCUAUGUUUGGUAAGUGUCAAUGGUCAUUACAAAAUGAAUGGGUUGCUUUUAUGCUGUGGUACUGUGCAUCUACAGAGCCAUGAUGAUAUCUAGCGGUGUCCUUGCUGGCUAUUUGUUUAUUUCGAGUCGAUUACUUGCUCAUAUCAGAUUGAAUCAUGGUUAUCGGGGCCUAGGCUAAUUCAUGUAUUCACAAGAGCUUGUGUAUGAUUACUCAUGUCAUUAGUUAAUUACCGGUUCAUUACCUCAUAGUUAUGGGCCAUUGUGCAGCUGGACUCAUUCAAUCAUUAAUUGGUUGUACAGACUUUAGUUACAUAUAAACUCUGGCUCAAAAGAGAAAUAUGCCAUGUAUGCCAAAAUCCCAAGUGUUUCAUCCUUUUCUUAUGCUAUCUGAUAGAAACAUAGUCGUUUGUAUUUGAGUUCUGACUCUCACGGUAUCAAGUAUCUCGUAGAACUAGACUUUAGCACGAGAACCACCCACUGAUUGUGGUCAUUAAGUGUCUGAUUUAUUGGAUAGACUUAAUCCACAUAGAAAAGGCUGGGCCUUUCUGAGGUCAAUAUCUCUGUUCUGCAGCAUAAUGCUCUUUAGAGUGGAGGGAAACAGGUUGUUAGAAGGUUCGCUCAGGCAUAACAGCACUUUAAGUGGUCCCUAUCGGACUCAUCACCAGUGUAAAUGGUGCAAUUACUAAAUGGCCUUUUUGCCAAAGGAGAGACCAGAGCUGAGAAUAAUGCAGGGUUGAGUGUAUAACCUGGCAAAGACCACUGAAGUGAUCUAAUAGAGAGAUACUGCUCUAUAAUGGCAGCUUGAGUUUCAUGUCUGCCAAAGCAGACUAUUCUAUCGUUAUACUGUAUCUAAUCUUAAUUGACACAACUUGUAUGUGUUGUUACUUAUUUGUUGUUAGAAAAACCUUUGGUGUCCCUGUAGCUUGUUCUCAUCAUUCAUAAUCCUGAGAAAAAUGUGUUCCUACUAUUACAAAUGUGUUAAUCUUCUGCCAGGAGAACCAGUUGGUGUUGUUGGGGAAUGAGACCCAGAGACAGACUGAGUUCUUGGGGGUGAUGGGGGGCAGUCAGGUGGACGUGUCCACCCUGGAGGGUCCUCUACAGGCCCUGUGUCAACACAGCUCCAUCCACUGGACCAGGAGACAAGACGGUGAGACCAGGGAGUGGGACUACCCUUCUUCACAUCAUUACAGCUAAAUACACAUUCACUUGCCUUGGCAUUUAUACAAUGACAUAUGCAUUUAUGACGAAACUGUGGAGUGUUCUAUUUAAAGUGGGUCCAAUUUUAUAUUCAAUUCUGGGAUAAAUCAAUAGUCAUAAUUUAUACAAAGGAAACACCAGGGGCUCUUUUGUAAAAUAGGUUCCUCAGACUGAGGGAGCUCCCUCCCUGUGUCUUCGUGUGUUGGCAGCUCUUUCUAGAAUAGGGCAGAGUGAGAAACAUAAUCCUAAACUACUGUGCUGUGUGACCUUUGCAGUGUCGCAGCAGUAAACCUUUACACUUUUCCUCAAGUAGGAUUUUACUGGGUGACUUUUACGUGGUAUCUUUACUUUUACUCAAGUAUGACAAUUGGGUACCAUUUUCACCACUGCAAAACCCCAAAGUAUGCAAGUCAACUACCGCCUGUUAAUGGAACUGUAUUUCCACAGAGUUUUACUCACUUGGUGAUUCAGAGUAGCCAUCCUCUCAAAUAGUUAGCUAUCAGUGCUCUCCGCUAUAGUAAGAGUUAGAUACUGCACUAGUGAUCUACCUGCUACAGUUAGUUAGCAUAAUGUUAAACGGAGGUGCUGUGUGACCUUUGCAGUGUGGCAGAAGUAAAUAAGAAGCACAACCUUUAGGCUGAACUCACUGCUAUUUUUACUUAAGUACUUUACACCACUGGGGUUUUGUUGGUCUUUGCUACCAAACUGCCUGUUCAGUAACGGACCCUCUCUCCUUCUUUGAAGGUCCAGGUAAACAGCGUCUGGUCUACUUCUGCAUUGACAUCUGCUUCCCUAGUAACAUCUGUGUGUCCGUCUGCUUCUACUACCUGCCGGAGUGA